CAACGAUCCAUCACAACCCGGGAAUUUCUCGGACGACGACACAGAGCACUGCCGACCUGGGCUACACUACCUCUACCUACCAACCUGAACACAAUUCCACCACAAUGACUGAUAUCAUGGCGCAGCCCAUGACCACAGAAGGAUCGCCCUCGAUUCCCGAGCUUCAGCAGCCCUUUGUCUCGAAAUGGGCUUCCAGAUAUCGCGGGGCCACAGUAGAAGACCUCGACCCUCCCGCCGCCCUCUCCCUUAACCCCUCGGACCCCAUCUCGCUCGCCCUCCUCUCCGCCUUUGAGCGCGACUACACCCACCUGACCAUCGUCGACUCGCAGACCCGCGCCCUGCUCGGCUACAUCUCCAUCCCGCAGCUGCAAGCCCGCCUCGAGCGCGGCGAGGUCAAGCCCGAAGAUGAGGUGCGCACCGCCAUGAUGCGCUUCCGUCGCAAGGACGCCGCCAAGUACCAGGUCAUCACCAUGGAGACACCUUUGGAGGAACUCGAGGCCUUCUUCGCCGGCGUUGCCACGGCAGGCCAGAAGCAGGACUUUGCCGUCAUCACGGAUGAGAAUAGGCGGUUCGUCCUGGGUGUGGCGACGGUGGCGGAUCUGGAGGAGUUUGUCAAGAGGAGGCCUGCGUAAGGGCAUGUUGCAGAGGGAGGAUGGGUGUUAAAGACGGAAAUGAAGACAAGACGGAUGCCGGAGAGUCGCGGAUCGCGGAAUACCACAGCGGCUCAGACACAGCCUCGAAAGCCCCGGACAGUGGGGGGAGGUGUGCAGUUGCGGCUCUUUUAAAGAAUCGUUAGUUCCCUGAUAACCUAGAGGAAAGACUCUAUUUGGUUUGUUAUUGGCGUUCAGGCUUGGAUGGAUGGUUUAUCAUAUCGCUACAGGGAAGGUACGGGCACAGGAGCAUUCAACAUGGAACCAGCAAUGGGUAUGACCGCAUAAGCUGACAGGGGAGAGAUACAGUCGGGCCUGAGAAUGCACUCAGAGCUUCACACUGAAGAAGAGAGUAUUUGGCGGGUACACGCUAACGGAGAAGCCAACUCGAAGUAUACGAGUAAUCAUCAAAGCUCCGCUAGGUAAACAAUCUGACCGUCUCGACACAAGACGGGGCCUGUUUCAACGCCCCAUAUGAACACAAAAACAUAAGUCAGGUCACAACAAUAACAUGUGCCGAAAGACCGCGGCCCAGAGUUUAUUUCUUCACUUUCAUGUCAUGAUAUCUUGGCAUUGAUGCUGAGCCGAAAGAGACCUGCUUUUUUCGAACCAGAUUCAUGAAGAAGUUCCACUCCGCCAAGCUCCCCGGAUUUCUCCUCCAUGCCGAUUACCACCAUGAGCUUCACCAUCCAUCCCCCCAAAACAGUCACCACUCCACGCUCAAAGCCCAAGACGCAUUAGACAUUGCUCACAAACCCGUGAAAUUUUCCCAAAUCGUCUAGUUAGGUAUCAAUACACAACCUCAAUGACCAC